GGGAUCAUAACAUCAUCUCAGUAACAAUGAACCCCUCUGCAUACAAGAUAAAAAACAAUAGCAAUCUUUCUUCUUUUCAAUUCAACAAUGGUUGACAAUAUCUUCAAGUUCAAGUCUAAAACUAAGUCCUGACACUUCUGUGAAUACAGAAAUGGCAAUAUUAGAAUUACAGAAACUAAACCAAAUAAUAGCCAAUGUCAACAAAAGUCGCCACUCUGGAUGCACUCAUAUUCUUUUAGAUCAGGUAAAGCAUCCAUAAAUUACAGCCUUCACAAUCAACUCCAUCAGAAGAAAGAAGACUGGAAGACUGAAUUUUAGUUUAAAGAAUAUUUUGCAUUUUGAGGUGUAGCAAACACAUCUGUGCAACAUCAAAGUUUCCUGAAUUGUGGAUUUUUAACUGCCCAUUAAACACUUAUUUACAUUUUAAAAUAUUUCUAGAAUUUUUUAUGNAUAGGACUAAUCCAGUAGUAACUUACAGGCCCAACACCAGCUUCUUUAUUGACUAGUUAUUUUAAUAUGUUGCCAAAAUUGUAGGGCCAACAAAAGAAAGACUCUUUUUCAGUUUCAAAGAUAUCUUUCAAAUUUAUAGUAAGCCCAGUCAAAAUAGCACUUUUUUUUUUUCUGGGAUCAUAACAUCAUCUCAGUAACAAUGAACCCCUCUGCAUACAAGAUAAAAAACAAUAGCAAUCUUUCUUCUUUUCAAUUCAACAAUGGUUGACAAUAUCUACAAGUUCAAGUCUAAAACUAAGUCCUGACACUUCUGUGAAUGCAGAAAUGGCAAUAUUAGAAUUACAGAAACUAAGCCAAAUAAUAGCCAAUGUCAACAAAAGUCGCCAUUCUGGAUGCACUCAUAUUCUUUUAGAUCAGGUAAAGCAUCCAUAAAUUACAGCCUUCACAAUCAACUCCAUCAGAAGAAAGAAGACUGGAAGACUGAAUUUUAGUUUAAAGAAUAUUUUGCAUUUUGAGGUGUAGCAAACACAUCUGUGCAACAUCAAAGUUUCCUGAAUUGUGGAUUUUUAACUGCCCAUUAAACACUUAUUUACAUUUUAAAAUAUUUCUAGAAUUUUUUAUGAAAAAGGCUUUAAAAAAUAUAGGAAAAUAUAGGAAUUUGCUCAAUUUAUAGGACUUUAUAGGAAAGGUCUCAAAAAAUAGGAUUUAAUAGAAUUUUAUAGGAAAACAGGACUCACUGGACACCCUGUAUUGUUCAUCUGAUACAAGGAACGUCUUGGCACUAACAGACUCCUCUUUGUCAGUGUAACAGUGUUUUGAAAGCUGUUAUGCAGGCAAACUAUGUUAAAUGACACAUCUGUCUGCACCACAGGUUAGUAACAUUAAGUGAAAAAAACUAAUAGAUGCAUUAAUAUUUGUUUGAAGGUUUUGGUUUUGUAACAUUUCAAAACGAAGAUGAGGCUGAUAGUGCCUGUGAGGAACAGUUUCAUGUUAUAAAUGACAAAAAGGUACGUUAUAUUCUUUGAUAUUGACAUCAAUGUCGAAAAUUUACAAGUUGGAGAGUCAGUGGUAUUCACAAAAGACACUCCUGAACAACUAAAUUUGUCAUACUGCUAUUUCAUAGCAUUUUCAUAAGAUAUAGAAGGCAACAACAGGGGCUGCACUGACAUCCAACUAAGCUAGAUCUAAAACGUUGGCAACCAGCUGUAUUUUGUUGCCUAUAUCCAUUUAAAAACCUGUGCAACAAAAGACAGUUUUUCAAGAACAAAAAUGUUCAAGAACAGGAGGAAAAAAUAAUGAAGAGCACCAGAGCUGAAACUGUCAAACAUCAUUGUCACAAGCCCACUAAAAUAUUUUAAUAAAUAUUAUUACUGAUAAUGCUCAAUGUUUUUACUAUCUCAGACAGAAGUUAAGAAGGCACAACCUAGAGAAGUGAUGCAAAGCUUGCAGGGUGGACGUGGUAGGGCAGGAAGAGGCAUGGCAGGACGUGGAUUCUGUAAGUUGUUCUUAAUCAGUUCUUGUUGAGAAAUGAGAUAAGUUUUGGAGUGUGAAACCCAUAAGAGGUACUCAGAUAUUCUUCUUGUGUGUGUGUGUGUGCUUCAAAUUAAAUCACUACCCAAUGGUCCAAAGUUAUGAGGAACAGUUCCAAGACUAAAAGGCAUGAAUAGUUUGUGAAUCAAGUUAGGAGUAGUGUCCUGACGGGUCCAAAACUUAACCAAAUGAAAAAACAUUUAAGUUUUUAUUAAACAGUAGCAGAGCUCUCACAUGUGUGCAGAGUGUGCAGCAAAGCACAAAACAUUUUGGUUCUGACAAAAUUGUCUAUGUACAUCAACCCCUUUCAUGUUAGUGGAUAUGAAACGUUGUACUUGCCAAGGCAUAAAAAAGUUGUGUUUAACCUGAUAUUAGGCAUCCAUGUUAUGAUCAAUUGACAACUGUCAAAAUAGGGUAUCUGCUGACCAGUGUCACAUGACUGUAUUGCAGGCUCAGGUGUUCAAUCUGAGGUAGCAUGUUUUUGUUUAGUUCUCCCCUGAUGAAUUAUGUCAUUAAAGUGAUAUCAGGCUCAGAAAACUUCACCCAAAAAAGACAUUUCUUAAAAGUUCCCACAAGAGCUUCACUUUUGCCUUGGCUAAAUCUAUGGAGCAUUUUCACAUGAUGUCACGGUGGCCAUUUUGGCGUUCCAAACUAAUCCUGUGGGAGUUGAACUCAUUUCUUAUGUAAACUAUUUCUUUUGUUCUCAUAAAUUUGCAUAGAUGCUGGCCACAUGAGUGAAAACACUCUAUACAUUUUUUCUUAGUUACUUACAAUGUACUUACAUACAUUUGGAAAACCAAUAUAAUGACUAAGGCUGCAGUGCUUAGUGCAGUGGCGAAGACAACUGGAUAGAUUGUUAUCGUCAUUUAUUUCUAAACCUGAUCCACCUUAAUUCUGAUGGUCUUAUUUCGUUGGUUUAGAAUAAAUCCGUCAAUUAUUAAUGGUACAAAGAGGAAAUUUGACACUUAUCCACUUACAUUUUAUUCACAGUGUAUCCCUUUGCUCCUGGAUUCCCUCGUGGUUUUCCUCCAUCUGGUUUUGGCCCUGGGUUUGGUAACUUUCCUUUUGCAGGUAAAAUCCCAAAACAUCUUUGCUGUUAACUGAUUGAACAUUAAUAAAUGAGCACCAUUUGAUGAGAAGUUAAAAAUUCAUUUCAGUGGAGGCCCUUGCUUGAAUUGCUCACUAUCAUGAGCUUCAUGUAAUAACUUAACGACAAACAGCAGAAACAAUAGCGCCAUUUAUACGAGAGAAAAUAAGGUGCAGAUUACUCUGGCCACAGCUUACAUAAGCUACAAACUGCUUAUGUAAGUGGUUCACAGCUUAGUUCACGGUCAGAGAGGUCCAAUAAUGACUUAGUUUGUUUUGGUACCUCAUGUAAUUUGCAACGAUGGCCCGAGCGAGCAAAAAUGUAAUGUAAACAUGUAAACUGUGAUAAUCAUUUCCUCAUUGAAUUUUAGCUCCACAAUCCAGUCACAAUGUUUUGUUCCCAUACACCACUCACAGAAGCAGUGUUUUCAGGCCUCAAGGCAAUAUGCAAAGUUUGACAGCUUAUUACUUAUUACUUCUAUUUGCCUUAAUUAAGCAGGUUAUAGCCAAGCAGCAGCUGCGGCUGCAUUUGCGGUACAAAACAGGCAAGUUAGAGGCAAGGGGCGUGGAUUUAUGGGAAACUUCCCUGGGAUGCUGGGUAAGAGCUGCAAUGCUUGUAUUAAUGUGUGAAAGAAAAUCUAGUUAUUUUUUUCCCUUUCAUGACUAAUGAAGGCACUUUAAGGUGGCUCUACUUCUUUCCAAAAAAAUUGUGCUUUGCAAUAUCCAUUUAAGAAUCAAACUGGACAAUAAAACAAAAAAGGAAAAAGUAAAGAGAAAAAAGUGUAGGAGCCCUCCUGACAGGAUAUUUGUGGCUGGUCACCGAGCCAGAAUCUAGCCUCAAAUAGCAGGGCUUAACUUUGUGCAACACAGAGUUUUGCGAGGUUUUUGCGAGAUACAUCUUUCUAGUUGUUACUUGUUCACCAAAGAAAGGGCAUAAGUAUCACACCAUUAUCCACUAACAACUAAGAGGGCAUGCAACUGGUCUGUGAAAGCAAAACUCCACAAACAAGUUGAAAAUUUGAUCAUUUUGACCAGCUGUAUCUGUCAAGAAUACCAGAGGCAGAUCAGUCUCAUCUACAUUGACCAUUUCACUCUCAAUCCAAAAGCUGAAUUGCUGUGUUUGUUCAUUGAAGGCUUUCCUGGAUAUCAUACUGGUUUUGUGAACCCUGGUGAUCAGCGGCGCUCAGCAGGUGGUAGCCAGUACUAUGCUGAUUAUGCCAAUAUAAAUAAUCAGGGCCCACGGCACAACAGACCACCUGACAUUCCCCAAGUUGCUCAUGCCAUGCAGGAUUACGCAGAUUACUCAGGUGAGAAUUACAGAGUUUACAAGUUUUUUCUAACCCUUUGAACCCAGUUAGACUCCUUAACUCAAUGUUUUCUAAUCAGAUGGAACAUUCCUUCUUGUGUACAAAGUCACAUUUUAUUUAUGACUCAUUACUUUUUAUAGGAGGAAUGAAUUAUCACCAGCAGUUUGGUCCACCCCCACCCUCUCCAGUUUCAAGAGCAUUUGCCACAGCUGCAACAAGUCCAGGACCAGUCCAGGAUCUACACGUUAGCAGUUACAUUAACUCUGCUGCUAACACCGCAGCUGAUGGUUUGGGAUAUACAGCCACCAGUCCGCAGCCAACAGGCUUUGGUCAUACCAUGGCGGUAAGUCAAUACCCUUUUCAGUAG